AUGAUUAUCUACAAAGACGUGAUUUCUGGUGAUGAGUUGCUUUCCGACGCUUACGACGUCAAGGAAGUCGACGGAGCUAUCUACGAGGCCGACUGCCAGAUGGUUCAGGUGAAGUCUGGUGCCGAUAUUGACAUUGGUGCCAACCCUUCUGCUGAGGACGGUGGUGAGGACGUUGAGGACGGUGUCGAGACCGUCAACAACGUUGUGUACUCCUUCAGACUGCAACAGACCCAGUUCGACAAGAAAUCCUUCUUGACCUACAUCAAGGGCUACAUGAAGAAGGUGAAGGCCCACUUGGCCGAGAAUGCCCCAGACCAGGUUGAGGCUUUCGAGAAAGGUGCUACUGCCUACGUCAAGAAGGUUGUUGGUUCUUUCAAGGACUGGGAAUUCUUCACCGGUGAGUCUAUGGAUCCAGAUGCCAUGAUCGUCUUGCUCAACUACAGAGAGGACGGUGUGACUCCAUUCGUUGCUAUUUGGAAGCACGGUGUCAACGAGGAGAAGAUCUAA